AUGCCGCCGCCAAAGGCUGCCGGGGCAACGGCCAAGAAGCAGCGCUUGACCCUCUCCCAGCUGGCUGCCUACGACGACAUUCUGACGGAUGCGCUCGUCGACCAUGCUUUUUAUUGGGCCACUGUUCCCAAGAAUCGCUCGUCUUACCAUCCAUCACGGGGGAUCCGAGAAGGUGAGGUGGCCAAAAUCAUCCAGGAAGAUGUCGUCGUAAACAAGGACCUUGAGGCCGCCGAAAAGCGGCUGUUGACGUCCGUGGACGGCCUCAAGAGGUAUGUCAAUGGCCUGAAGCUGGACAAGGAAAAGGCCGAUUUUGUACAACAUCUGCGACGAUAUCUUCGCAUUUACAUGCCUGACUGCCCUUGGGAAGUCAGCACCACCAACCGAUACACCAUUGUGACGCACGAAGCGUGUGUCAUUGCCAGGCGAUACAUUAAGCGCAAUGAGACAAUCAAGUACCUUUCCGGCAUACAAAUCAACAUCACCCCCGAGGAGGAAACAGAAAUCACGGUCCGCAAAAAGGACUUUAGCAUUGUGGUCAGCUCCAGGAAGAAGUGCACCAGCUUGUUCAUGGGACCGGCGCGAUUCGCCAACCACGAUUGCCGCGCAAACGCCAAGCUCAUGACUACCAGUCAGUCCACCAUUGAGAUUGUGGCCUCUCGACCCAUUGAAGUCGGCGAGGAGAUUACAGUCACCUACAGCGAUUGCUAUUUUGGGGAAGACAACUGCGAGUGUUUGUGUCGAACGUGCGAAAAGGAGCUGAGGAAUGGAUGGGCAACCGAAGGCGAAGCGGUCAACGUAAAAAUCAGCGUCGAAAACGAUGAACGGAAAGAGACAUACUCUCUGCGCAGACGGCGGAGAGAUGACAGCAUUGGCGGCUCCUCGCGCACUUCCUCGGUGACUCCCGACAUGCGGCCACGCAUUUACAAGACGAAGCCAAAGGUGAAGAAACAGGAUGCUCAGGAAACAUCUUCGAUUCCGACACCCGCGCCAGAAGCAACCCCGCGAGGUCGAAAACGAGCCAUGGACGCAAUGGCAACUCCACCAAUCACACCAGCCAAGAAGCUCAAGCUCUUCGCGGCUUCGAGCGUUGAUGACUCGUCGAGCACCAGGAGCGUAACCCCCAGCCAUGCAGAUGCCCCGGAGACGGAUACCGCGUCGCCCGAAAAGGAGAGCCCGCAGCCAGAGGCACAGACGCCGCCAAGAUUCUCAGCAGAGCGUUUAGACACAUCAAAGAAUGAGCAGCGGCACGGUUAUAAAGACGUCACCAGCAUCACGGUGGAGCCUGUUUCUCCUCGGAGCAUGGGAAGCCGUGCAUCUCCCGACAUGGUGCCUGUAGAGGCUCCUGUUCAGCCGAUCCCAAAGCCGCGGCAGCUGAUAACCAUGUCUAUUUCUUCCAUUCUCAAUGAUCCAUCAUCCACCGAUGAUUCCGCCGAAGCAUACUACCCUUUUGUGGCGAAUGUGCGAGUGGCUAGACAGCCCGUGGUUGAGUCAAAGUUUGAACUCAUAUCUGAACCAGAAGAUGAGCAGCCGGAACGAGAGCAGCCAGAAAUAAAAAUCGAGGCGGAAAUUCACCCGAAACGCCGCAAACGACAGGCUGCAAUUCCCAAACAAUCGACACCACCUCCCGCUCGAGUACGCAAGCCGGGCGACUAUGUGCUCACGCCGUUGCUCCUCUCGGAGCCCGACAUGGCAUGGAUUCAGUGCACAAACUGCAGCGACUACUUUGUUCAGCAGAAUGCUUACUUUACUCGGUCUUGUUGCCCUAGGUGCGAGCGGCACUCGAAGUUAUACGGCUAUGCAUGGCCCAAGACGGAUAAGACGGGGCCUUCAGACAAAGAAGAGCGAAUCCUCGAUCACAGGAUGAUCCAUCGAUUCCUGGAUUCCAACGACGAGCGGAGGGCAAGAGGUCGAAAACCUUUGAGCGAGAGCAGAGAUGAUACACAGGAGGCGGAUGACGAUCGGGGCAGGGCGACCAAGAGAGGGCCUAAUAGAGCAGGUAACACCAAUCGGAAAGACGAAGAUUCGGGAGUUCGAAGGAGUGGCCGCGCGAGGCGCGUGAGCAGCAGGCUCACCGAGGAAUGA